GCUGUUUUAAAGUGAGGCUAUGCAGCGCAGAGGUGGUUUUUUAAGGAUGUCAGUGUCAGUUUAUUUAUUCAGGAACUUUCGUUAAUAUUAUUUAAUAUAAUAAUAUCAAUAUUAAAAUUAAUAUUAUUUAAUGCUGUUAUUAAUGUGAUUGGUUAUGUUCCAAGUUAACAGUUACGAAUUCUCCAACGGUAGAGCCGCGGAGGUUGUUAUCUCCCCGAGUUUAGACCAUCUCUGCUCAGACUCGAAACAACAGGAAGACACAGCCGGAAAUAGUAUAGGAACAAAGAAAAUGAAAGUAUGUGAAUGCGCUAUGAAUUAUUUUUUCAAUUUCAAAAGAAAGUAUAUACUGUGGCUGUUUUAAAAAAGUAUAAUGUGAGAAAGGGGGAUUAGAACAAGUGAAAAAAUAAACUACGCGAUGUCUCUGAGAGAACGGAUGAGAAUCAACUGAUUUAUCAAAAUCACGCAAGCAUAGCAAGAUGUUUGUAAUAGCAAGGAUACUAACAACCAUUGCUUUGUUUCACUUGGGAUGCUGCAUGGACUUACCUGCCCCUGUAAAACUGAACCUGUCCUCACAAUAUUUCGUCCACGUGUUGUCCUGGGAAAUGGGACCAGGCUCUCCUGAUGGUGUCCACUAUAAAGUCAGCGUGCAUGCACUCGAAGGGGGGACCGUGGCGGUGAAGCAGUGUGAAAAGGUCACAUUUCCUCUGCGAUGUAAUCUCACAGAAGCCUUUUCUAAUGUGGAGGACAUCUAUUACGUCAGUGUGACUGCUGUUCUGGGCAACCGCACCUCACCAUCUUCUGACCUCAACCCGUUCAGACCCAUUCAGAACACGAUCUUGGAUACUCCGCUGCUGACAGUAACUGCAUGUAAUCAGUGGCUCUGUAUAAAUCUCAAAGCACCUGCUGAGAAUCUCCACAAAGUCUACGAUUCAUUCUGGUUUCAUUAUCUAUUGACAAUCACCAGUGAAGAUGGAAGAGAGUUUAUUAUGAAAACUGAAGGGUUAAAGAAUGUGACCAUAAAGGACCUGGCCCCUGGACGAAGGUACUGUGUGAAUGUCAGUAUCGUCGACUCCAGCCCACCCAAUAGACCAGCAGUAUGUGCCUCCAUUCCCAAAAGAGCAAACGUUUCAGAUGCUGUUAUCUCAGUCGUCCUGUGUCUGCUGAUGUUGCUGAUAGUGAUGUGUGCACCACGAUUCUUUCCUCGCUGUUUCUGUCUAAAACCAGAUCUUCCUCCAGUUCUGAGUUCAUUUCAGAGUGGGAAUAAAGUUCUUCACGUCACUGCUGUUGAAUCCUUUAACAAGCUCUGUGAGGGGAGAAACUCCAUGGACAAGAUAAAGAUAAACAGUGAGGAAGAUGAGGAGGAAGAGGAGGCGGAGGCACAGGCUCAGUAUCUGAACACUCGAGGUUCUCCACUCUGUGUUUACCCAGUGACCUCUAGAUCGGUUUCUCUUCUGAAUCAAACUCCAGACACAAGCCUGGCGUCUUCCACAGAUGCUCAGACUGCUAAUCUGAUUGUGUUUGAAGGCAGCCAUAGCCAUCCUGAACCCACAGCCUCUCCUAGACUCCCUACAGGAGCGAGUGCACUUCAGAAUGUACCUUCUGUGUUCCCCACACACGUGGAGAAUGAAGACCCAGAGAGCAGUGCGGAUGUGAACCUGUUUUCUGUGAUGUUAGGAGGAGUUUCUGAUAAAGCUGAACCUGUUAAAGAUGAUGUGCAGGAAUCAGGUGCUCAGCGUCUGUUACAGGCUUGUGCUCCAUCUAGCUGGAUUUCUGAUUCGCUGUGCCAAAACUCGGAGUCAAAGGUCAACAUUUUAGAGGAGGAAGAGGAAGACGAUGAUAAUUCAGGGUACUUGAGUCGAAAUUAGAUUCCCGGGGACACGAACAGUCUGAGAGUAGAUCUGGGAAUCUGAAAGCAAUUCUGCUCAUAUAUAGAGAUGUGCACUGUAUUUUUAUACUUUAUCGAUGUUUUUGUAUUUUAAGUGUUUUUAUUAUUAUUUGUAUUAUCUUUCAACAUGCAUUUCAGUCUGAUGGCAUACCAACAUGUAUUACUCUUAUUUGUCGGGAUGAGAAACUGUGGUUAUAGACACAUGUCGACCCGGGUGUCCUGAUGUUUUAUGCUACCCCUCAGAUUUUCCUACCAGGGUUUACUGCGCAUGCGCACAUCAAUAUUACAUCCUUUUUCUCAUGCUGAACAACAAUAUUUAAUGUAUUUCCAUGAUUAUAACACAUAAUAACUGUUAUUGCAUUACUGUAAGGGUAGGUUUAGGGUUGUGCCAGGUGUAGACGUUAAUACACCAUAACUUUACAAGCAUUUUUCACUGUUGUAUUGUGCUACCCACUGUUUUAAUGGGAGGUAGCAAAAUCUGACAGGGUAGGACAAAUCGACAGAACACCAGCACCAAGUUUUCUUUGGGGAAACACUUUGCUCUUGGGUGUUUUCAAGUGAAUAAAGAUGUGAGUUAGUGUAGUGAUGAAAGAGUCAAAACACAUCUGGAGUUGUCAUCUCAGUCCUGUGGUCACACAAUGUGAAUGCAAUUAGGAUUUGGAAAAGGAGAUGGCUGUAAUCAACUAAUGAUAAUGAGGUUUUACUGCUAAGAAUACAAAUGUAAAGUGCUGUUAUUUAAAUUCUUAAUUGUGAGAUAUAAACUGGAGAACUCUCUAAUUCAAAUGUAAUAGUAGAAUUAAGAAUCGAAUUAGAGAAGAGACUUUAGCUCUCUAAUUGAGCCAGUGCCAAUAAUAGCACUAUAGAGAGCAACGGUCUCUCAAAGUAAAACGCUGUUCAUUUACUUCAUAGGAAAAUAGAGUUUGAAUUAAGUUAAAAGUGUUGGAUUAACCUCUUAUUUUCACUUUAUUGCCACUGAAAGACAUCGCCAUCUAAAAUGUUAUUACAGCAUCUUGAUCCAGUCUUGACUUACUAUUUGACUUCAAACUGAUAUCAAGGUGCCCUCUGGGAUAUUGUUUCUAUAUAUACAAACUACAACUUUAAAUGGAUCAUUUUUAAAUUGUCAUUUGCAAUGGUUAAUGUCAUUUUUUUCCCUCAUUAAAGCAUUAAGUGUACAGUCUUGAA